AUGUCUCUGCUUCUCAUUCUUCUGUCACCUUUCACCCUCGCAGCCGUUCUCUCUCCAUCUGGUGAAGGCCUUCGUUCCCAUUCCUUAGAGUUGCGACCUCCCAACGACUCGAGUCCACAAGGUCCUUCAAUCUACAAGGGUCCGCCAUUGAAUGUUAGCUCUCUGGGAGAUAAACACCGGCACGUCACGAUUCUGUCAGCCCAUAUAGACCCUGCUCUUGGACCGCGUUGCGGCCCCGGACUGGGCAAUUGUCAAGAUGGCCUUUGCUGCUCACCUGCAGGAUUCUGUGGUUCUACGGGUGACCAUUGUCGCUCACCGGACUGUCAGCUCGAUUAUGGCAGCUGCGAUGCCAGCAAAACUCCACAAGGCCUGUCGACCGCAGAUAUACCCCGGCCUCAGAUUGGCGCAGUACCAUACGGUCAAAAGAUCUAUUCGUGUACUGUUCCCAAAACUAUUGCCCUGACCUUCGAUGAUGGCCCCAACAUUUACACCAGUGCCCUUCUUGAUACCCUGGAUUCGUUCAAUGCAAAGGCAACUUUCUUUAUUUCCGGUGUGAAUUCUGGAAAGGGCCAAAUCGACGAUUUUACUUUGCCAUGGGGUACAUUGAUCCAGCGUAUGCACCGCAGCGGUCAUCAAAUAGCAAGCCAUACCUGGUCCCAUCAAGACUUGAGCAGGAUUUCUCCAUCGCAACGUCGGGACCAGAUCCUCAAGAAUGAGGCUGCUAUUCGGAACAUACUCGGGGGUGUUCCGACAUACAUACGUCCUCCUUAUUCAAGCUGCACCACCGAAUCAGGCUGCAUGGACGACAUGAAUCGAUUUGGAUACCAUGUGACGUACUUCAAUCUAGACACGGAUGACUACAACAAUGAUCACCCUCUCUACAUCCAGCGAUCCAAAGAUAUCUUCGACAGGGCCAUGUCGAUGCAAAAUCCUCCCGGCCGACCAUUUCUGUUAAUUGCACAUGAUGUACAUGAGCAGACCGUACACAAUCUCACUGCUCACAUUCUUCGAAAGACUUACGAUGCAGGUUAUCGUGCCGUUACGGUCGGUGAAUGCUUGGAUGAUCCAAGAGAUUUCUGGUAUCGCUGGGACUACAGGCGCUAG